CCUGCCCGCCCGCACCCCUCACCCCGCUCCCUGCACCCUCACCCCGCUCCCUGCACCCUCACCCUGCUCCCUGCACCCUCACCCUGCUCCCUGCACCCUCACCCUGCUCCCCGCACCCUCAGCCCGCUCCCUGCACCCUCAGCCUGCUCCCUGCACCCUCACCCU